UCUAGGGAGGAAAUAUCGGGAGAAAUGUCUCUGGUUGUUUAUUUUGUGGUCAUAUUCUUAUGUCUCGGAUUUAUGGAUCAAGAGGCCAAUGGAGCUUACAUGCAAAAGUUGGCAAAGAAGAAACUUUGCGCUGAUGAUGAAUGUGUUUAUGCUAUAUCCCUUGGGAAGGCUUUGGAUGAUUACAAUGCUCCAGACUGCAGAUUUAUAAACAUCAAGAAAGACGAGCUGGUCUAUAUCUAUACUAAGCUAGUAAAAGAAGACGAUGAUGCCGGAGAGUUUUGGUCUGGAAGUGUUUAUAGUGACAAGUACAGAGAUCAGGAAGGACUUGUUGGGUAUUUUCCAAGCAGUCUCAUUACCGAAUUGAGUGUCUACCAGGAUACUCUUCAAGAAUUCCCAACAACGGCUAUCGACUUCUAUUGUGAUUAGACAAGAACGGGCAAAAAGAUAUGGGACUAUUGCAUAAUACCUCCAAAUGAUGUUGCAUGCAUUUAAAAGAUACCUUUGUAGUUUUUAUGUGUAUUGCUCCUUAUCUUUUUCACUGUAUACAAACCAAUAAAACGCAUGUUGUUAUACAUUUAGAUUAAGAAUAUAUUGCGCAUGAAGCACAAUAUAUUGAAUGCUGGAAGAAUGCCCAGACCUUUUACUGACUGGAACAAGUCUUGAUGUUGUGACAUUUUUUGUUAUGCAUUCUUACAUAUUCUUUCUUCUAGCUUCAACUUGCUCUGCAUUCUUAACAUUGGAUCAAGAUGAUAAGGUCGGACCAUACCUAGUAGUUAUUACUAUACAUUACGUAGGAAUUACGCUGUGUUUAUACACAGUUAAAUAUUUUCCAAGCGUUGGAGGCCAUGCACAUUAAA